AUGGGGCGGGCGCACGCCGCUAUAUCGGGGCGCAUGCGCGGCGCGGGCGGGCGGCGCAGACGCAGGCCGGGCGCGCUCUCAGUACGCGCGCGCCCUCGCCAUGGCUCGCUGGCUGAAGGCUCUGGCGGCCGUGUUCCUCCUCGCCGCCGCCGCGACCGCCGCGCGCAAGUCGCCCCCGAAAGCCGAACCCCAGAUCGAGGAGGUUACCGCCAAACAGUUGGAUCGAGUGCUGGAAGACAAGGACUUCGUCGCGGUGUACUGGUAUGCGAGAAGCUGCGUGACAUGUGACAAAGUGCUAGAAGAGCUAGAGAAGAUAGACGACGACACAGACACGUUCGGGGUGGACUUCGUCAAGAUCAACGACAAGAGGCUCGCCAAGCAGUAUGGCAUCACGAAAUUCCCCGCCCUCACGUACUUCCGUGAGAAGGAACCGAUCAUUUACGAAGGAGAUCUCAUGGACGAAGAAAGCGUCCUGGAUUUCCUGACGAGUUUAGAAGCCAUGGACCUUCCGGACCGGAUAGAGGAGGUAAACCAGAAGAUUCUGUCCAAGAUCAUCGAGGACACGGACUACGUUGCUGUUCUCUUUUGUCCUGACCACAAAAGUUGCGGCCCAUCGAACAACAAGCCCGAAUGCAAGAAGUGUGCGAAGGCGCUUCAAGAACUGGAGAACAUUGAUGAUGAAGCUGACCAGUUGGGAAUCGGAUUCGUCAAGAUCCACGAUGAAGAACUGGCCGAGGAGUACAGUCUUGGAGAGCUGCCAAGACUGGUGUACUACAGGCAUGAAAUACCAAUUAUCUAUGAAAGUGAGUUGAGCAAAGAAGAAGAUGUCCUGGAGUGGUUGAUCGCCAACAAGUCCACCGGUGACGAAGAAGAUGUCAUCGAGGACGUCACGGCCAAGACCCUCAACACCCUCAUCGGCAAUGUGGAUAAUCUUGUUGUUGUCUUCUACGACCACGGUGACGAGGAAUCAAUGACUGUCCUUGCCGAGCUCGAAAACAUCGAUGACGACUGCGACCGCCACGGCAUCCAGUUCGUCAAGAUCGACGACGCCAAGGCCGCCGACUCCUUCGGCAUCGACAACAUCCCCUCCAUCGUCUACUUCGAGAAGCAGAUCCCCAACGUUUACGACGGUGAUCUUGAAAACGAGGAAGAGAUCCUGGAGUGGCUGGUCGGUCAGCUGGAGAAGGACGAGAUCGAGGACGUCACCGACGAGAUGCUGGACAAGUUGAUCAAGGACGGGAAAACCGUUGCCGUGCUAUUCUAUGACAAUAACGAUCGCAAAUCUCAGAAAGUAUUAGCAGAACUUGAGAACAUUGAUGACGAGUGCGAUACCCUUGGCAUUGCGUUUGUAAAGAUCGACAAUGAUGAAGAAGCCAAAGAAUACGGCAUUGAAAAGAUCCCAACUCUUCUGUAUUUCGAAAAGGGUAUCCCGACUUAUUAUGAAGGAAAUCUGGAAGAGGAAGAGAAAGUAUUAGCUUGGCUCAGGUAUCAAGCGGAGAGCGACGAAAUUGAGGACAUCACUGAUGAAAUGCUCGACCUCAUCAUCGACAAAAUGCCAUACGUCGCUGUGCUGUUCUACGACAAGGACCAGAAGAAGAGUCAAAAGAUCCUUUCUGAGCUGGAGAACAUUGACGACGAAUGUGACCAAAAUGACAUUGCUUUCGUCAAGAUUGAUGACGAUAAAGAAGCCAAGGAAUAUGGUAUUGAAUCCAUUCCUACCAUGGUUUUCUUCGAGAAAGGCAUCCCUCACAUCUACGAAGGCGAUCUGAUGAAGGAAGAUGAAUUACUCGGCUGGUUGCUACAUCAGAAACGGCAUAGUGAAAUUCCUGAAGUCACUGACGAGAUGAUGGACAAGCUAAUAGAAAGUACACCGUAUUUGGCUGUUAUAUUUUACGAUAAAGAUGACAAACAAGACAUAAGAAUCCUUAAUGAAUUAGAAAACAUUGAUGAUGAACUAGAAAAGGAAGGUAUCGUUAUUGUGCGAAUGGACAACGAGAAUGAAGCUAAAGAAUUCGGUAUCGACCAUCUGCCGACUCUCGUAUACUUCGAAGAGAACAUCCCCGCUAUCUACGAAGGUGACCUGAUGAAUGAAGACGAAGUAUUGGAGUGGCUCAUUGAACAGAAGAACAGCGCUACAAUAGAGGAGGUUACUGAUGAGAUCUUGACUGAUCUUAUCGAAGAGCACGAAUACGUGGUCGUUUAUUUCAGCGGCAACUGCGAAGAGGGCGAUGAAUGCGACAACAUCCUGGACGAGCUUGAGAACAUCGACGACGAGCUGGACGAGACGGGCAUCAUCUUCGUUACCACCGAGGACCUGCCGCUCGCCAAGAAGUACGGCAUCAAGACCUUCCCCACGCUCGUGUUCUUCAGGAACAAAGACCCACUUAUUUAUAAGGGUGACCUCGAAGACGAGGAUGAAGUGUUGUCAUGGCUGACGGACGAAGACACCCUCGAGAUCCCCGGCAAGAUCGAGGAGGUCAACUCCAGGAUGCUGGAGAAGAUCCUCGCUGAAAACGACCACAUCGUUGUCUUUUUCUACAAGGAGGGUGACAAGAAAUCUCAAAAAGUACUCAGCGAGCUUGAAAACAUCGAUGACGAGUGCGAAGAAAAAGACAUCGAUUUCGUCAAGAUUUCUGACGAAGGAGUGGAGAAGGAAUACGACCUGUCUGAGCUGCCGGCUUUAGCUUUCUACCGCCACAAGUUCAGGACCAUCUAUGAAGGCGAUCUGAUGCAUGAAGAAGAUAUCUUGUCCUGGGUGUUGGAAUUGGUUGACUCUCGGCCUGACGUUAUUGAGAGCGUAGACAGGAAGACUUUGAAGGAUUUAAUUGCAGAUGUGGAACAUCUUGCCGUCUUCUUUUACAGUGAUGAUUGCGACACCUGCGACGAAGUGCUCGAAGAACUGGAGACAAUUGAUGACGACACAGACAAAUACGAGAUUCAGUUCGUCAAGUCCAAGGACUCCAAACUGGCUUCGGACAUUGGCAUUUUCAGUUUCCCAGCUCUGGUAUACUAUGAGACCGGCGUUCCGAUCAUGUACGAUGGUGACUUAAAGAACGAAAAAAAGGUCCUCCAGUGGCUUAUAGAUCAAAAAAGUGAAGAUAGCAACCGACAUAAAAAUAAAGCUAAUACUAAAUCGAAGGCCAAUGCAGAUGGUAGUAAAGCCUCGGGGUUUGGCGGUAAUGCAGAUGUGGAUAAGAAAAAUACACCGAAAAGGGUAAAACCAACAGAAUGGAAGACUAUGGGAACAUUGAAAGUUAGAUUCCCCGGUGAUCCAAAAAGGAAGGAAGAUGGGAAAGUAAAACCGAAAAUAGAUGACGAUGACGACAAUGACGACGAUGACGACGACGAUGACAAUGACGACGACGACGAUGAUGACGACGACGACGUUGAUGACGACGACGACGAUGAUGAUGACGACGACGACGACGAUGAUGAUGACGACGAUGAUAAUGAUGACGACGACGAUGAUGACGACAAUGACGACGAUGAUGAUGAUAACAAUAAUGACGAUGACGACAAGGACAACGAAGUAAAAGGGUCUAAAUUAAAAGAAUUACUAAAAUUAAGAAAAAAUAAAGAAGCUACAUGGAAAACUGUCGGUAAAUUACGAAUCCGUAUUCCUGGUAACAAACAUAGUAAGAAAGACGACGAUAACAACGACGACGAUGAUGAUGACGAUGAUAAUGAUGACAAUGACGAUGACGACGAAGACGAUGACAAUGACGAUGACGACGAUGACGAUGAUGAUGAAGACGAUGAUGACGAGCUUAAUAAAAGAAGCUAUAAAUCAAAAACAAUAUCAAAUAAAUUUCAAAGAAAUAAUAUAGGUGCUGGUGCAAAAAAAUUACAAGUAAAAAAAAACUCCGUGAAAAGUAAACAUAAUGAUGACGACGAUGACAACGAUGGUGAUGACAAUGACGAUGAUGAUGAUGAUGACGACGAUGAUGAUGACGACGACGAUGAUAAUGAUGAUGACGACGACGAUGAUAAUGACGACGACGAUGAUAAUGACGACGACGAUGAUGAUGAACCAACCUUCAAAAGAAAUAAAGGCGGUAGUAAUUUAGGGAGUAAAAAAAAACGGCAAAAACACGACGACGACGAUGACGAUGAUGACGACAGUGACGAUGACAGUGUAAAAUCUAAAAAGAAAAGGAACAAUUAUUUGGGGCAAAAGAAAGGAAUUCAGAAUAAAAGAAAGAAUUUACGAAACCGUGACGACGAUGAUGACGAUGACAAUGGCGACGAUGAUGAUGAUAACGACGACGAUGAUGAUGAUGAUGAUGGCGACGACGAUGAUGACGAUGACGACGAUGAUGAUGAGGAUGACGAAGAUGACGAGGAUGACGACGACGAUGAUGACGAUGAUGAUGACGACGAUGACAAUGAAGACGAUAGUUUUUUCGGUAGAAUAAAACGAAUGUUUACAGGCGAUCGCUGUUUCUACAUUGGAUUGGGGGCGAAACCGGCCGCCCCAAAAAUGACUUACGAACCCUACCAGUGCUGUCCCACUAAAGUUCAAAGUCCGACCAAAGUAGCCAAAGCCACCCCGACCAAGGUUCCGGCCAAGAAACUCGAGAAGAGAAGCCCCAAGCAGCCAGAAAAGCCCGCCAAGGCAUCGAAAGCACUCGCCAAGCCGGAAAAGGGAAAAGGAAAAAAAGGUAAUUUACUGGAUGAAUCAGAAGUGCUGGAAUGGAUGGUCAAACAAAAGGAAGAUGAAAGUAUUGAACAUAUUGAAAGAGAAAAAUUGUUCAAAUAUAUUGACACAAAAGAAUUCUUAGCAGUUGUUUUCUAUAAAGAAGACGAUCCAGACAGUCCGCGUAUCCUAAGGUACGUGGAAUUAAUCGAUGACGAAGCAUCUGAAUACGGAAUCAAAGUAGUAAAAUGCAGCGAUCGUUUGAUGGCCAAGAAAUACGGUUUCCGCAAUCCGCCCGGCAUCACCUACUUCAGGAAGGGCAAAUACAUCAAUUACGACGGAGACAUGGAUGACGAGGAAGAGAUUUUGGACUGGUUGACCAAUCCGGAAAACAUGGAACUUACGGAUCACAUAGAAAAAGUUAAUCGUAAAAUGUUUCAGAAGAUUCGACAGACAUCCGAUUAUGUAGCAGUAUUCUUUUACAGUAAUGACUGCAAACAGUGUCCCAGAGUGCUGCUGGAGAUAGAGCACAUUGACGACGACGCUGACGGCGCCGGUAUCAACUUUGUCAAAAUUGACGACAAGCAGAUGGCCAAGGAAUUUGGAGUUUUCGCUUUACCUGCUGUGCUAUUCUUCAAAAUGGGAUCUAAAGACCCUGUCAUUUACGCUGGUGAUCUUUACGAUGAACAUCAGUUAUUAAACUGGUUGUUGACCCAAAAGAAUCCAUCAGGUGAUGUAAUUGAAGCUCUCGAGGGUAAAGAUUUACUCAAAUUAAUAGAAGAGGAAGGAUCCCUUGCCGUGUACUUCUGGAACAAAACGUUAUGUGAAUUAUGCAAUUCAAAGGCAAUGCGAAAAGCACUGAAAAAGAAAGACAAAGAAAAAGAUCCUGAAGAUGAAGAGGCGCCAGAAGAGGAUUCGCUUGACUGCGAGCAGUGCGCUGGCAUUUUGGAAGAGCUUGAGAACAUAGAUGACGAUUGUGACCGACAUAAAAUAAAGUUCGUGAAGACACAAGAUUACGCGAUAGCGGAGUCGUAUGGAGUUACUGACUUCCCAGUGUUGGUGUAUUUUGAAAACAAUGUUCCGAAUGUGUACGAAGGUUCUCUGGCGGAGGAGGAAGAAGUGCUGCAAUGGUUGAUUACACAGAAAACUGAAGACCGCAUUGAAUUGAUAACGAGAGUGAUGCUAGAAAAUAUGGUUGAAGAAACACAGUACUUGGCAGUAUACUUUUAUAAAUUGAACUGUCAUAUUUGCGACGCUAUUCUUGAAGGGCUAGAGCAGAUAGACGACGAAUGCGAUGUUUACGGUAUUCAUAUGGUGAAAAUACAAGACCCACAAUUAGCCAAACGAUAUUCUAUCAAGACCUUCCCGGCGAUGGUUUACUUCAGGAACGGCAAUCCGCUGCUUUUUGAAGGUGAUCUGCAAAAUGAAGAAUCAAUUCUUGAAUGGCUUAUUGACGAUGAAAAUCGGGAGCUUGCGGAUGAAAUUGAGUCCGUAAACGAAAGAAUGCUAGAGAGGCUCUUAGUCGAAUCACAUUUACUUGUCGUCUUCUUCUAUGACGAUGAAGACUGUCCAGAAUGUGAAGAUCUACUCGAAUCACUAGAACAAAUAGACGGUGAAGUAGAUCAAUUUGGUAUCGAUUUUGUAAAAAUAGCCAGUCCAGAAGCGGCCGCGAAGUACAACGUCAUUAAUAUACCUUCUCUAGUGUAUUUCCGCAAACAAGUACCCAUGCUCUAUGAUGGGGACCUCCAUCAAGUUGAUAAGGUUCUUAGUUGGCUAACUUCUCAAGACGUUUUUGAAAUUAAAAAUGAAAUUGAGGAGGUCAACCGCAAAAUGUUGGAUAAAUUGCUGGAGGAAAACGAAUUUUUAGCUGUUUAUUUCUACGAAAAAUCAGCAGAAAGUCGUGCUGUAUUAGACAAAUUGGAGAAUAUUGACAGCGAAACGGAUAACUUGGAUAUAACUUUUGUAAAAAUGGAAGACCCGCGAUAUGCAAGAAAAUGGGGAGUCACUAAAUUACCAGCUAUCGUGUACUUUAGAAAGAGAUUCCCGAGCAUAUACAGAGGUGACACAAUGAACGAAGAGGAAGUACUGGACUGGCUUCGAAAGAAUCGAUUUAGGCAGCCAGAGCUAAACAUAUUCAUGUAUGCUCUGAUAGCGCUGUCAAUAGCGUUCGUGAUGUACACUGCGUUCCUGCUGCAGUGCUUCAAGCCCGCGCCGCCUGCGCCGGCACCGCAUCCAAAGCAGGCGUGAGACAACACUACAUUUCUAUUUUGAUUGUGACUUAUCCGCCUUCAGGCUUGGAUUUCUUACCAUGACUUUGACAUACGAUCCAUUAACAUUCAACUAUCUUCCAUCAAGUGUUUGUUGACAAUGGAUCAAAUAAUAUUAGACAAUUUAUAAGUUCUUGGGAUCAAACAUUUUCUUUGAUAGACAUUUUAGAAGAUAUUACGAAUUAAUAGAACUCGCUUCGACAAAGCAAUAUUACUGGAUUGACAAUAGGCUAAGUUUUGUAAGAGUACUUUGGUUUGGAAAUCUUUUUCAUCAUUUUACCAAUUAUGAGAGUAUUCGUAUACUUAAGUUUUUAUUUCUAGCAUUUUGUUAAUGUUGCUGUUAUCUUCCUUAAGACUGUUCGUAAUCUUCUCGGUAGUAUUACCUGUAUGGAUCUUAGUGUCCGAUGAACCAUUUUCCAAUGUUUCUGUUUCGGUCGAUUGUAUUGAUCCUGUAUUAUCUACAACUUUCUUAUUUCCGUUGAGUCUUUGUUAAGUUUGCGUUUGAGUGAUUUUGAGUUCUUUGGCAAUGUCACUAAUUUAAAUGUCGUCAACUUUAUUUGUUAGGUACUUUGACGGCUGUUUUAUUUUUAAUUUUGAUUUUUCGUGACAUUGCUUUCGAGCUCCGUUCUAGUGACUGCCUAAUAGGCGGGAUCUUGCCAUCAGCAUGAUACUACAAUACUUAAAGUAAGUUAUGGAUGUUCUAAGUAAUCCUCUAUUUGUAUUGUAUCUAUAAUCUACAUCACGACAAUUUUGAUUUUAUGUAAUAUGAGACACCUUAGUAUUUCCUACUGCUUCAUUCUUUGCUUCGUGUAAGAACCUAUUUGGUAACUUUUUUUAUAUCGAUAAUCCAGUUAUACUUGUAAUCCAUUCAGCCUAGUAUAAUUAAGUUUUAAAGUAUAGUAGUAGCAUGCCCGAUAUUCUCUGUAUCAUUCCCGCUAUUAUAUGUAUAAUUAUAAUGAUACCGUCAUAAAGGAACGAUAAGAGAAGCAUUAAGCAGUUACGAUAUGUUAUAUGCUCAAAAGAGUCUGCGCGGGAAAAGGCGCGCGCGUUCGAUGAUAAAAUUGUAUAUAAAAUGUACAUAAUAUAAAUAAAAAUAGUAAAACUUG